GCUCUCGCAGCUGGCUAGUACUGGGGAUCCCGGGGCCAAGGGGGCCUCCCGUUGGUCGGCCUCCCUCCGAGCGCCCGGGGCCUGCCUGGAGCCCCGGUGUCCGCAGCUGUCGGUUGUGACUGGGGCCUGGGCAGGGGUCGAGGUCUGGGAUCUCAGAGACACUAGGUGCUCAGGUUGUCCCCAACCCCGGAGAGAAGGCCCUCCAGGCGGGAGCACCAGGCUCGCCCUUCCUUCUACACGGUCGAGUUUGGUUGUCCCCGACUGGGGGCGUUUCCGAGACCUCCGAGGAUCCCCUAGGUCAGGUGGCCCGAGGUCUGGCAGACUGACCCUCGUGCGCCCUGCGGCUAAGCUCUGAUGGGAGAGACACACGCGGGUGGUGGAGAGUUGGGGAGAACCUUUACCUUCUUGCCGCCAAGGCCGGAGGAGGAGGGCCCUGCCUCCUCUGGGAAGUAACAGUCUGUAGCCGGAGCAGCCCAGGACCAAGACGUUGUCAUCACAGGAGAUCGGAGCUAGGCAGUGGGACCAGCUCCUCCCGAUGGAGAUGGUGGACACAGAGAGCCCCAUCGGUCCCCUCUCCCCACUGGAGGCUGAUGAUCUGGAAAGCCCGCUCUCGGCAGACUUCCUACAAGAGAUGGGAACCAUUCAAGAGAUUUCUCAGUCUAUUGGGGAGGACAGUUCCGGAAGCUUCAGUUUUACAGAAUACCAGUACUUAGGAAGUGGUCCAGGAUCAGAUGGCUCUGUUAUUACAGACACCCUGUCCCCGGCCUCGAGCCCCUCGUCCGUCUCCUGCCCCACGGUCCCUGGCAGCGCUGAGGAGUCAUCCAGUAUCGCCCUGAACAUCGAGUGUAGGAUCUGUGGGGACAAAGCCUCCGGCUACCACUACGGCGUCCACGCGUGCGAGGGCUGCAAGGGUUUCUUUAGGCGAACGAUUCGGCUGAAGCUGGUGUAUGACAAAUGUGACCGUAGUUGCAAGAUUCAGAAGAAGAAUCGGAAUAAGUGCCAAUACUGUCGUUUCCACAAGUGCCUUUCGGUUGGGAUGUCCCAUAAUGCAAUUCGGUUUGGACGAAUGCCAAGAUCUGAAAAAGCAAAAUUGAAAGCAGAAAUCCUCACGUGUGAACAUGACCUAGAAGAUUCCGAAACCGCAGAUCUCAAGUCUCUGGCCAAGAGGAUUUAUGAGGCCUACUUGAAGAACUUCAACAUGAACAAGGUCAAGGCCCGGGUCAUCCUUGCCGGGAAGACCAACAACAAUCCGCCUUUCGUCAUCCACGACAUGGAGACGCUGUGUCUGGCCGAGAAGACCCUGGUGGCCAAGCUGGUGGCCAACGGCAUCCAGAACAAGGAGGCGGAGGUCCGCAUUUUCCACUGCUGCCAGUGCACGUCCGUGGAGACCGUCACUGAGCUCACGGAGUUCGCCAAGUCCAUCCCGGGGUUUGCAAACUUGGACUUGAAUGACCAGGUCACGCUGCUGAAGUAUGGUGUUUACGAAGCCAUAUUUGCCAUGCUGUCUUCUGUGAUGAAUAAAGACGGGAUGUUGGUAGCCUAUGGGAAUGGCUUCAUAACCCGUGAAUUCCUUAAAAGCCUAAGAAAACCCUUCUGCGAUAUCAUGGAGCCCAAGUUCGACUUCGCGAUGAAGUUCAAUGCACUGGAGCUGGACGACAGUGAUAUCUCCCUCUUUGUGGCCGCUAUCAUUUGCUGUGGAGAUCGGCCCGGCCUCCUAAACGUAGGACACAUUGAAAAAAUGCAGGAGGGCAUUGUGCACGUGCUCAAACUCCACCUACAGAACAACCAUCCUGACGACGUCUUCCUCUUCCCAAAACUCCUGCAAAAGAUGGCAGACCUGCGGCAGCUGGUCACGGAGCAUGCGCAGCUGGUGCAGGUGAUCAAGAAGACGGAGUCGGACGCCGCCCUGCACCCGCUGCUGCAGGAGAUCUACAGGGACAUGUACUGACGUCCCGGCCGCGCGUGCGGAAAGGGGGCUUCUCGCGGGUUUUCAGAGGCGACGGCACCACAGAGGAGAGAUGGGAGCAACGCAGCUUUGCACAAAUGUCCACCAUGGAAACCUUGGAACCACGGGAAGUAUACUCGCUAGGUAACCGGAACGCUAUUCCACGUUUCUUUUUUGUAACCACUUCUGAGAGCAGUGCAGUUUUGAGAUGCUGGUGAGAAGCAGCUACUAGUCAGGACUUGGGAAAUGAUGGGGAAUGGUGUUCAGCGGUCUGAUUUUUAAUGUGCCUGAUGUGAAUCAAUGCAGAUUUCUUUAUAUCGUGUUAGGAAUUUAUCAGUGAAUUAACCUCAAAAUACGUGGUCUGUCUUCCCUUUUUACCGCUUUUUGACUGUUGUGCUCUUUUAUAAUUUUGAAAACUAAUCAGCACUUUUAAAUUUUUAUAAUCCUGUAAACAUAGACGUCUCCAAAGGUUAAGUAUUUUAAAAGCAGUGAAAUAUUUAUUUGGAAGACUUCGGUUCUGUUUCCUGAAUUCGAAGAAAGACAACGUGCUAUUUUUGAAUCACAGGAUUUAGAAUGUCAAAGAAUGAUUUCAAUAAGCUUAUCGAAAUGCAUCGGUUGUUUCGUUUCAGUUUGCUGUUUUUGUGGUUGUAAGUAGUAUGUGGAAAAGCCUGUUCCCAGGCGUGUGUAGAAGAUUCCAGAAAGCCAUGUCUCAAGGCCCCUCUGGACUCGAUCCCCUCCCUGUUUUAAGCUAGCACCUGUGGUCAACAGGAACAAGAGGGACUCUGAAGUGUAGUCCGCUUCCCAUUCCUCUCGGCUCGAUUCCCUUUCAAAUCUGAAUCCACCGAGCCGAGCUGUUUGGGGGCCAGGGUCGUGUCUCCAGGGGCAAACUGACAAGUUAUUUGUAAAUCUUGCUCCAGGCCCCCUCUGUCAAGGCAGCUCCUUGGUCUGUUUCUACGUUGCUUUGCUAAAUAUGCAGCUUUCUUUCUUUCUAACCGCUGUUUGUGGUAGCUGCUCCCUGGGGUGGAGAGGAUGAGGCAUCUGUGACUUCAUAGCGUGGGGGUGGGGCACGGGGGUGGGGACAGGGGUCUUAUCUGGAGAAUGGGCCAGGGUUGGGGGCAGGGUUGGGGGGUGGAAAUGAAAUGGUUUUAUUUGGUCUCAGGAUUCACAACAGGCCGGUGGUCUUUGCAAGGAUUUCAAGAGUUGUCUCCUUUUCCAGCUACAUAUAUAAGGUGGUUUUACCAAAAUCUAAUAUGUCUGAUUCAGCCUUAAAGGUCAAGUUUUCAACCUCAGUCCAGUUUGGAGGCAGUGUGGAUUAUGGUUUGUGUCUAGAGCACAUGGUCCUGUCCACCACUCGGAUUAACUGUCCCGUCAGAGAGCUGCCAGAGUGCCUCCCCACCCCCCAGCCGGUUCAGCCCCUGGACGCCUCCUGGGCCAGCAGCAUUUUUGACCCUUGAUGCCCCUCCCCCUCUGUCUUUAGGACAUUUGGUUCUAGAAGGUCAUUAUUAUCUGCUGUUAAAGAACGGCUAGGGUUGAAUUUGAAAAAGUCCCCAAGAUCAGCAUUAUCAUACAAAAAAACUAAGACUUCAGCUUAAAAAAGAGCAAGCCUUACAAUUAGGACAUCUCUGUACACGUUAUACAUUCGGUGAUGCUUUUAUCUUUUAUUUUUUUUAAGAUGCAAUCAAAGGACCUGCUGGAAACAAAUGAAAGCAUUUCCUCUUUAGAAUGACGCUAGUCAGGGGUCACCCUAAGUCAGGAAGGAGGUGAGCUUUGAGUCACAGGUGCACCCGUGUCCCCAUUCUUCCCUGAGAUGGGAACUCCCUGGGCUGACUCCCACAGCCUGGAGGCCUGUGGCUCGUGUGAGUCUUAGGGUCGCGGGCUGGAUCCUGUGUGUGUACCGCCUCUUGCUCUGGUGUUUCGGGACAGGUCUACACACAGAGACACGGCUUUGGAAAGUGAGGCUCAAGACUCAGGCUUUCGGAAGACUUGUUGGUUCUGUUUAGCUUUUCGUAGGACCUAUCUGAAACCGCUCCCAACUCACAUUUGCCACUGAACAAGCUGACUGCCGGCCCAGCCUCUGCAUCCAUGGUGUCAGCAAGCAUUUGGUCCUCUUGGGGUCCGGCCAGACCACCAGGGAAGCCCAUGGUGAAGCCACAGAGGACCUUGGCCUGAAAGCAACCUGACAUUGUUCACUUGUUAAUAGGAAGAAAUUCACGAAAUAACAGAGCCACUCAUUGCCACUCAGAAUAUCUGGGGUCACACAAUCAGAGAUUUCUCCGAGCAUUGAUAGUCAAAUUAUGGAUGAAUUAUUCACCAGCUUAGUAUAUGGUAGUGUUUCAAACAGGAGCUAUCGAAGGAGCACGCUUCUUGCUUGUGAGGUUUUAGCAGACAUCAGCAUAAGGUCCAGUGGAAGCAGGUUCCAGAAACUUCAGACGACCAGUGUAGAGCCAGCCGCCCGCGGUGCUGGAUGCAGGUCAUGGUGGGACCCCCCUUUCACCACCUUGAUCUGCUCUUAAGCCACUGUUUAAACCUGGUUCUUCGUUUCCUCACUUAACACCAAGUGCCAAACUCCCCAGAGGCCACAGACUUCCGGCGGCCUUUGUCUGGACAGGUGGACCAUGGGGCCUCCGGGCCGCCCUGCUGCCCACAGUGGCCCUCCUCUCUGCCUCCUGGGCAUUUCCGGUGGGGGGGUCCCACAGGCUCACUUCUGCCCCCGCCACACGGCGAGAAGCCUGAGGGCUGCUGCAUGCGCAGGACGCCGCCUCCCUGACGUCCAGUGUCAGAGGAGCAGUUUGACGGCAGCCCUGCCCGCUGCCCGCCUGGCCUCCGGGAGCCCUGUGACCUCUACACAGCUUUCUGGGGAGAGGGGCUCAAAGCAUCUUCCCAAAGAGGGUUCACGCACAGGUGUCAACAGUGACUGUGAAUCGAAGGGAAAGAAUUCCAGAAUGCCCGAGAGCCGGCCCUGUUGAGCCCUUCCUUCCUAUUUAAGAGCACAGAACGCGGCAGCCUACGAUCUGACCAGAAGCUCCAGGCACAGGUAGGGCCCUUGUUUGGAUGAUUGAUGAUGAGAAAGCUAUUAAUUGAGCAGCUACUAUUUCCCCAAAUCUGCAGCUGGACAGCCACGUCAAUAGGGCUGUCACGAGCCUCUGUUAAAUCUAAGGUCCAUGGAACACUGGGGCCUUCGGUGCAUCCCUAGUCAGACCGUCUGUGAUCAGGGCUCAGAGACUGUGUGCUUACCUCUGCUGUGUACACCCUGAGACACGGAAGCCUACGUGGAUUUUUAAAGGAAAUUUUAUCAUUUAAAGGGAGCCUUGGAAAUUCCCCACUGGUCCAGGGGUUAGGACUCCGCGCCUUCGCUGCCGAGGGCCUAGGUGACUGGCCCACCCAGGGCCUGCCUCCUCUGCAGAUUCGCCUGCUGGCCAAGGGGGAGCCUGUUCACAGGGAGAUGCUGGCAGGUGAGGGCAGAGAGAGAUGUCUCUAUGCAAGCCUUCGGCAGCCGUGGCUCCCCGCGCCUCCACCCCCAAGUCACACCUGAGCCCCUCUCUGCCUGACUCCUUUUCAAGCCACUGUGACACCAGACAUGUUUUGACGGCUCGCGGCCGGAUGCAUGACAGAGAGCUUCUUUUGUCUUGACCCAAUGACCACACUCGUCUCUGGAAUGUCUUUAAAAGUCCUGUUUAAAUAUAAGUCCACUGUUUCAACCAGGGAGUCAGGUGCUUCCAGCUAAGACCAACUUGGCCACUGGCCUGGCCUUUAGUAGGGGCUUCCGGGGACCCUGGAAAACCAGUCACCUGAAAGUGCCUCUUCAACCUGCACGGCCUUUCAAAACGCGGAUCCUUCGAGGAAGACACGCAGGUGCUCCCAGCAUCGUCAGCGCAGGCUCUGGUGUCACCUCCAGGCCUCAGACCCUCGAGGGGGUCAGUCUGUGUCAUCCCACCUUCAGGUGAAAACACUGGGCUCGGAAGGUCUGCCUGGUCGUGCGGGUUGGACCCGGGGGUGGCUUGCUUCCCCGCUCCCACCCCUGCAUUUAAGGCGGGUGAGGGUGCUUCAGAGUGAUCCCUGUAGUUGAGUCUGGUCCCCUGGCCACACGUGUUCCUGGGGGGGGUCGCUUGCUCUCUAAGUUCACAACAGCGGUGUCGAUUUAAGGGAGGCAAAGAAAUUGUACUGUCCCUAGAUGUCACAAACUAAGACCAAUGCCACCCAGAGGGCUUCACUAUCAAGACGUGUCCAGGGAGGGUUUUCGUGGUGCUGUUGCUGCAGGCACUGAACUAUAUCUGUAUUUGAUCUUAAGUCUUGGUCCAAGCGGACCAAGAUCCCACGCGGAUCCUGCAAGGAAGACACGCAGGUGCUCCCGGCUCGGAAGGUCUGCCUGGUUCCCUGGGGUGACAGAUCCUCGGCAACGAAAUCUCUUCCUGGAGUGAUCAGCUAAGGGGACUCCUGCCUUGGCUCUCCAGAUGGCAUGGCCCGCCUGCAGCAGGGAGGCCCCGUGGACAGCCCCGCGGGGAGGAGCGGACGGAGGGCCGUGGCGGCGAGUGCUGACCAGCCGGCCUGAAUGCUGCCAAUUGUGCCCCUCUACCUGCGCAUGUUCCCCCUUCCCAGGGCUAGGACUUUUCUGGGGGCAUGCUUUCCUCUGGGGAACUUCUCUCCAGGAAGAUCCAAGAUUAGGCUCCAAAGGUUGAAGUCUGAGUGUUGGCUGAGAUUUACAUCUAUUUUUAGGCACCAUUUUUUAGCACAAUUAGGAAAAUGGCUAUCAACCCUCAGCCAGAGACACACCAGACUGAAAGCAAGGGCAGCAGCUCGGUCUGACUGGGGACACAGGAGGCCCUCCUCCUUCUCUGGGAACUGCCGGACAAACUAAACUGGUACUGGAAGUGCUCUACGGGAAAAAAAGACCACACGUCUUCAAAGUCACUCGAAGAGUUACAUAACGCUUUCCAUGAUGCUGUUUCUGUGGGGUGCGGCAGGUUCCUACUUUAUUCCCAUAGAGUGGGCUGCUAUGGGCGUGGCCCACUCAUUAGAACAGAGAGGCUGCUGCCCGAGGCUGACUUCCACACGCCUUUUCCUGGCUUGAGGCGCCCAGACUCCUCAGAUCUAGUCUGCUUCUCAGAAUUUCAGUUUGAGGCAGGAGAAGUAUAACCCCCCUGAGGAAGAGGGGGCCACGUGAUGUGGUUCAGCUGGAACCCUCUGCACAGAACAGACCACACUGCAUCCACGCCAAGGUCACAUCUUGACUGAGCAACUCAUAACAUCGAGGACCUCGGGGCCCCCGUGGCUGUUAAAAGCAUUAUUUGAGGGAAAAAAAAAAUCGAAUACCAAUUUUUUACAUCGCAAAACAGCAAACUGAGACCUGGGUCCGUUUUUUUCAUUUAAAAAUGUGUUUGCUAGUUUGGGUCGAAUGUGAACAGCAUCCCCGUUUCCCCCAGAGAAGGUAACGCAGCAGCCUCCUCUUCCCUUGCCUUCCCCGCCCCGGCCCCCAGCGGCGUGGUGACCAGUGCAGCAUCGUGCCCGCCGGAGCGCAGACAAGACCCCACCACCAGCCCUGCCUCCUGGGACAGAAGGUGGGGGCCACGCGGUGAGAGGCCCUGAAGAGGAGUAGCUGCUCUUUUCCAGGAAAAAUCAUUCGCUUUGGGGAAGUUUCUUUUUAAAGGCACAGAUGGUCUGGUCCUUUUUUCAGGCCUAAAAAACAACGUACCUCACACGAGAUGGAUACCACUCAGUGCCCUAUAGUUACAGUAUUUGUGUUCGAGUAUCACUUUUCUUUUUUCCUACACUGUAUGGUAAAAGGAAUUAUGUUAAUAGCUGUAUCUUAAAUACUGUGAUUUGAGGGUUUUUUUUAAAUCCUAAUAUUUUACUAACCUACAAUCAUGCAUCUAACAACAAACAUUGGGAUUUUUCUGAAAUCAGUGUGAACUGAUGUAUACUGUUUAGUAGCCUGGCUCUUGGACCUGUUGGAAACACAAAAAAACCUGAAACGUCACAACAGAAAUACAACUGCAUGCGCACACAGGCCCGCCCCUUCCCGGACACCUCCCUCCCCCCGCCCCACAUGCACACACACACACACACACACACACACACACGUACACACGUCUGAGCUUUCCUUCUCUUCUGAGCCACCUGGAAUUUAUUUCCCUGUAAAUCUGUUCUCUUCGUCAUUUCGCACGUGAGCAGCACAGGCAAGCCUGUCUGUCAGCAAGGCAGACCCAGGGUCCCGCUGGAGACCAGGAACUUCUGUGUAGUAAGCAGCUGUCUGCUCUUCAGGUAAUUACUACCUGGGGUUGUGACCAAAGAGCUCUGCAAUCUGAGAGAUGCCAAGACAGGGACUCUCAUCAGCUGCUCUGGCAGCUUCCAGCGGAAGCCACAGACCCCGUGCAUCUCCCAGGCGACCUGUUCCAAACCUGGGUGGGCUUCUUCCUGACACGUGUCUGUGCCUGGGGCACAUGGAGCACAGAAGCAGCCUUUGCCAGAUGUCCGGCAGAGCCAUGCAGUUUCCAAAGCCAGGACUGAGCGUGAUUCCUUGGUGUGUGUUGGUCCAUUACUGUUCUUGGUGCCUUAAUGCUCUCAAAGCACUUAGGGGCUGACAGACCCCUUGUUAUUUCAUACUAAACAGAAGCAAUUCCAAAGCAGAGCUUUUCUGGGUAGGCUCCAAAUGACCUCUGAGGCUCAGCCCCCUGGGUGUGAUCAGUGGGGCACCUGGGGUCAGGGAAGCCAGGGUAUGCAAAGGACAGCGAGUGGGAUCUCCUUGGUCACUUUCCUGGUGGUAGUGCCAGGCAAUUAGAAAAUGGCUAUAAAAUAACGUUAAUUUAAAUUUAAAAAAAAAGGAUCUUAUUCAUUUCCCUUUAGGAGAUUGAACUGAUCAUAUAUAUUAAUUUCUAUCCUAAAUUGAUGGGAACUUAUAUGUUUGGAAUGUCCUACUGUAAGACUGAUGAAUGUAAAGAGUUAAUUUCAGGGUACAGUAUUGCCUUAAUGGUUUUAAAAAAUAAACUAUUUUUAAAAAUUA